CAGUGAAGAGCACACAGGCACCUUAUGAGGUGUGACUAACUUCUGAGUGCAGCCUUUUUCCUGUGCUGCUGUUUAUAGAUGACAUAGGAGCCCUUGUUGGCCCUGCAGCUUGCUUGAUUGACUUAAAGCUGGCAGUGACCAAGUGAAACAGAAACAUGGCAUUUGUCGGUUUUUUGAUUCCCUGCUUUGUGAUCAGUGCUGAUAUUGCUUUUUCUUGCCAGAACACUGAUGACUUCGUGAGUGCCAGUUCUCCAGGGGACAUUGUUAUUGGAGGCUUGUUUGCAAUUCACAGUGAAAUGCUGCAUCCAGAAGAAUAUCCCAUCAAGCCAGUAAUUCAGAAUUGUGCUGGCUUUGAAAUUCAAAUUUUUCUUCAGGCACUUGCGAUGAUACAUGCUAUUGAAACAAUCAACAAUUCAACGCUGUUAUCUGGAGUUUCUCUGGGCUAUGAAAUCUAUGACACAUGUGCAGAAGUUACAAAAGCCAUGGCGUCUGCUCUGAGGUUCCUGGCUAAAUUCAAUUCUUCUGAGGAUGUUGUAGAGUUCAAGUGUAACUACUCAGACUACAACCCGAGAGUUAAGGCAGUUGUUGGAGCCAGCUACUCAGAGGUGUCGAUGGCAGUUUCAAGGCUGCUGGCUUUGCAACUAAUUCCACAGGUCAGUCCUUCAUCAUCAGCUGAAAUCCUCAGUGACAAAAUCCGGUUUCCUUCUUUCUUCAGGACUAUCCCCAGUGAUUUUCAUCAGACAAGAGCAAUGGCCCACUUGAUCAGUGAGUCUGGGUGGAACUGGAUUGGAGUAAUAGCCACUGAUGAUGACAAUGGACGGUUCGCUCUGGAAAGCUUUGGGAUCCAGGCCAUGGCAAUCAAUGUUUGCAUAGCUUUUAAAGAAAUGCUGCCUGCCUAUCUCUCUGACAACACCUUUCACACCAAAGUUGAUUAUGCAAUUGAGAAGAUUGUCAAGGAAACCAGAGUAAAUGUUAUUGUUGUCUUUAUGAGACAGUUCCACGUGCUCAAAUUAUUUAAGAAAGCAAUUGAGAGGAAUGUAAGUAAAGUCUGGAUUGCAAGUGAUAACUGGUCAUCUGCAGUCAGAAUCAGUACAAUUCCCAAUAUCAAACAGCUGGGAACCAUUGUGGGAUUUGGAUUUAAAAGUGGAGACAUCUCCACAUUCAAAGACUUUCUAAGAAAUCUUCAUGAAAAGCCCACCACCAACAACAAGUUUUUACAUGAAUAUAUUAUGAUUUUGUCAGUCUGUGCACAUCUGGAAUAUCACGAUUUUCAAACAUGCAUUUCAAACCAGUCCCAAGAUGAUCUAUUGCAAAGUGUUGACAACAAACAUCAGAUAUGGAGAGCUGAUUUUUUGAUUGCUAACGUUGAACCAGGUUUUAUUCGUAGUACUAUACUUGCAGUCUAUGCCAUUGCUCAUGCAAUUAAAGGGCAAUGCAAAGACAGAAAUUGCAAGGAUCCAAAUGCCUUCGCUCCCUGGGAGCUCCUUGAAGAACUUAAAAAUGUUACAGUCAUUGAUGAUGAUAAAGAAAUCAAGUUUGACUCUAAUGGAGAUAUGAGCACCAGUUAUGAUGUACUACUUUGGAAAGAAAUUGAUGGCCACAUGGAAAUCACCACUAUGGCAGAAUAUGACGCGAAGAAUGGUGACUUUAUCUUUGAGGAUGAGGAGAAAAAACAAGAAUUUCAGGAUUUAAAGAAGGUUCAGUCAACAUGCUCCCAGCACUGCAGGCCAGGACAGAUGAAAAAGAUUACAGAAAGUCCACACACAUGCUGCUAUGAGUGUGUUUACUGCCCAGAAAACCAUUACAGCAAUCAAACUGAUAUGGACUACUGCUACCGAUGUAGCAACAAAACUUACUGGGCUCCUGUCAACAGUACCACAUGCUACAGAAAGACAAUCCAUUUCCUCGCCUGGACUGACUGGUUUGCUAUUUUCCUCCUCCUUCUCUCUGCUUUUGGGGUUCUGUUGGUCUUGUCAAUUGGUGUAGUAUUUACUAAAAACUUGAACACGCCAGUUGUAAAGGCAUCUGGAGGUCUAACCGUCUGCUACAUCAUUCUCUUCAGCCACUUCCUAAUUUUUUUAAGCACCGUCUUCUUCAUAGACGAACCCACAGAAUUCAAGUGUAAAACUAGGCAAGCCCUCUUUGGCAUAAGUUUUGCACUCUGCAUUUCAUGUAUUUUAAUAAAGUCACUGAAAAUUUUACUAGCCUUCAGCUUUGAUCCCAAGCUGCAGAAUAUCCUGAAAUGUAUAUAUAAACCUAUUCCCACUGUGGUCAUCUGCACUGGAAUUCAAGUUGUCAUUUGCACCUUCUGGCUAAUAUUUAGGGCACCUUUUGUCAAGCAAAAUUUCUCAUUCCCAAGAGCAAUAAUUCUGGAGUGCGAUGAGGGCUCUAUUGUGGCUUUUGGGAUUAUGCUGGGCUAUAUUGCUGCCCUAGCCUUCAUUUGCUUCAUAUUUGCCUUUAAAGGUAGGAAGUUGCCAGAGAACUACAACGAAGCCAAGUUCAUCACCUUUGGCAUGCUAAUUUACUUUAUAGCAUGGAUUGUAUUUAUCCCUGUCUAUGCAACUACAUUUGGAAUAUACCUGCCAGCAGUGGAAAUCAUUGUUGUUUUAAUAUCCAAUUAUGGAAUUCUCUGCUGCACUUUUCUUCCAAAGUGCUAUAUCAUCAUUUACAAGCAAGAAACAAAUACAAAAUCUGCUUUUCUCAAAAUGAUUUACACUUAUUCCUCCAAGAGUGCAAGCAGUCUUGCUGUUAGUCAGAUUUCUAUGGAUUCAAAGUCUUCCAGCUCCCGAGCUACUAUGUCAGACUCCUGUAAAUCUCAGAAAAACUAUGUGAAUGGAAACUGUCAUUUCCAAGUGCAAGAGCAGAGACUAACAAGAGGAAUAGUUCUCCCUAAAAGUACUGCAAAGACAAUGGCCAGGAAAAGACUCUCCAGCAUAUGACUGGGCAGCAUAAAAGUACUAGAAGAUGAAAAGCCAUCUCAGGGAGCUAUUUCUUUUUCAGGUCUCUUUCUUCUUGGCAUCUCCAAAGAGAGCAUGCCACACAAAAUGCAUUCUCCUUUCAUACUUGAACUGUUAUCCAUUAUCAGAUUUGGAAGGCUCUCCUUGCUCAGAGUCCAGACCCUGCUCCUGCAGGUGUCAUAAGGUGCAGUCUCCCUUCCUUUCCUGGCCCACUCAUGUAGACCUGUGGGAUUUCUCACAGACAAGAGAAACAGGCAGGAAAAUAUGGGUUUAGCUCUCUUUUUUUUGUGUCUUUGAUGCCGAAUUGUUUAAGGAGCUCUUCUUUUCACCUUGCUCUGUUUUACAGAUCAAACAGAGCACUCUCAGUCUUUAUUUGCUAGGAUAAACAAGCCCAGUCCUUUAGUCUCCACUUUUAAGAUAAGCUUUCCAUUCUCCUGAACAUCCAAAAGUUACCCUUUUCACUACCUUUCAGUGAAUCCUCUUUUUUCCCCACUAUCCAAAAUUGCACACCUUAUUCCAGACUAGUGUGACAGUAACUUUUGAAGUUCCUUGUAUUUAGCAGGAGGAUAAUGAACUAGAGACAUGUCUAUCUAAAAAAUAAGAAUUUCUCUGGAGGUCUGUAGUUAUACGUAUGUUCGUCUAUUAUUUUUGCCCAUACUCAGAGGAAGUACACUGAUUCACCUCAUGCACCUCCUCUGAUGCAUGAGGAGAGAGGAAUCACUGUGUUUGUCCCCAGUUAUCCACUUCAUUGUAGAUGUAAUGUCGAUGUGUACUGUCAAAACUUACAAACACUAAUCUAUUCCUCUCAUUAGCUUAAAUAAUGCAAUGAUCGGGAUCAGCAUGAGUGCAUCUUGGGAUUUUUAGCUUUUUUGAUAUGUAUUUUAAAUACAUGAUUUUCAACAAGAAAAUAACCAGUACCAUGACAACACAUAGAAAUAGCAUGAACUGCUAAGAGCUGCACCAAAUAAGUCUCUGCUCUGUAGCUCCAUGAACAUAACUAUGCUGCAAUUUCUAGAAAGAGGGAGGCUAGAAAGUUGCCUGGCAGAGAAGGAUCUGAGGAUGUUGGUUGACAGCCGGCUGAACAUGAGCCAGCAGUGUGCCCAGGUGGCCAAGAAGGCCAAUGGCAUCUUGGUUCGUAUCAGAAACAGUGUGACCAGCAGGUCCAGGGAGGUUAUUCUGCCCCUGUACUCGGCACUGGUGAGACCGCACCUCGAAUACUGUGUUCGGUUCUAGGCCCCUUGCUACAAGAAAGUCAUUGAGACUCUGGAGCGUGUCCAGAGAAGAGCAACAAAGCUGGUGAAGGGGCUGGAGAACAAGUCUUGUGAGGAGCUGCUGAAGGGACUGGGGUUGUUUAGUCCGGAGAAAAGGAAGCUGAAGAGAAACCUUACCACUGUCUAAAACUACUGGAAAGGACAUUGUAGCAAGGUGGGUGUUAGUCUCUUCUCCCAAGUGGCAGGUGAUAAGACAAGAGGAAAUGGCCUCAAGUUGUGCCAGGGGAGAUUCAGAUUAGACAUUAGGAAAAAUUUCUUCACCAAAAGGGUCAUCAAGCACUAGAAUGGGCUGCCCAGGGAGAUGGUCUAGUCACCAUACCUGGAUGUACUGAAAAGGUGGUGCUUAGGGAUAUUGCUUUAGGGAUAUGAUUUAGUAGUGGGCGAGUAGAGUUGGGAUUGAUGGUCUCUUAGGUCUUUUACAACCUAGUGAUUAUAUGAUUCUAUGAUUCUGUAGGAAAAGCAAAAGGCACGUUCAGAGGAGGAAUUUUUCUGUUGCAACAAUGGUACCACAGAACUUUUUCAAACCGUAAACAGCAGAGCUAUGUUCCCAGUCCAGACUGUGAAGAAUAUUUUUCCAUGUUCAUAAAGCCCAUGAUCAGGACCACAGAAAAUUCUGUGCCAUGUUGCUGUGAAAUAAUAUGAAAUUCCUUGAGUUUUGCCAAUAUAUCCGUUUUUCCGUCAUUUCUUUUUGUAUGUUAUAACCAGUAUCUAUCUGAUUUUUCCACUCAUAUUUUCUCAAAAAUAACUAUAGAUUACAUUUCUGCAAUGGGCACAGCCAAUGAAAUUACUUUAAUAUGUAGGCUACAUAUGCAAUACGUAUCUGUACAUUUAAAAGUAAUUUGAAUGGUAAGGGUGCAAUUUACAUUUGAGUAAUUAUAGAAGUUCUGUAUCUGACUGGAAGAAUGAAGAUUUAUGUACAUGCAUUUAUAUGAUGAAUGCUGUUCAUGAAUCAGCUGUUAAGAAUAGUGUUCUGAACACAAAAUUAUUGUACAGUACAGUAAUAUUAAAAUUCUAGCAAUUUGGCUGCUGAUGCAGUAAAAAAAAUUUUCCCUAAAAGAGAGAAGCAAAGCUUAUGUUGCACAACUACCAGCAUUAAGCUAGUUAGAAAAGUUAAUUUGGCUUGAAUGUUGUACCUGUAUUCAUUGUUUUCAAAUGUAUUGAACAUGUCAUGUCUUUAAGAUAUAAGGAAAGGGGAUGAA